AGUCUUUCUCUGAUUGUUGCUGAUGUUCGCGAUUAUGAGUUUAGCAAUCUAAACUGCUCGGUCGCGAUUCACCUGUCGUAAUUUUAACUACUUUUUUCACUCCCGGGAUAAUGUCGACAAAUCGAAAAGCGAUAACAUGCACGUGCUGUAUGAUCGCAGUCGAGCCAUGGAAAAUGGAAAAAGGAGUUUGGCCGAUGUUCAUGGGUGAGCUGGUUGGCACGGCUAGUUUGAUUUUUAUCGGCUGUAUGGGAUGCAUCGGUACUCUGGGAAAGGAACCACCACCGCCAAUGCAGAGCGCUCUCACGUUUGGUCUCACUGUCAAUCUUCUAAUCAUGACGUACGGGCACGUAAGCGGGGCACAUUUUAAUCCCGCAGUGACGUUGGGUGCUUUGAUGCUCGGUAUGAAAUCCAUCCCGACGUCGAUUGUUUACAUGAUAGCCCAAUUCAUCGGCGCCGUUUUAGGCUACGGACUAAUCAAGAUAGUAACGCCAGGGUUCCUGAUGAGCGACGGCAGCAAUCCGAGCAGCGGAGUGCCUCUGUGCGUGACGGCGAUCCAUCCCGACAUAUCGAUAGUGCAAGCGAUUCUAAUCGAGAUACUGUGCACGUCGCUUAUACUGCUUGGCGCCUGCGCCACUUGGGACUCGCGAUGCUCUCACACCACCGACUCCACCGCCAUAAGGUUCGGCAUGGCCGUCGCUGCUAUUUCCUUCGCUGCGAGCCCGUAUACGGGAUGCAGCAUGAAUCCGGCGAGAACGUUCGGGCCAGCACUGUGGAACAGCGCCUGGGAAAAUCAAUGGGUCUACUGGGUUGGACCAAUGCUCGGUGGAGCACUUGGCACGUCUUCCUACAUAGUCUUAUUUUCCGAGAAAAGAGCUUCCAAGAGGAGACACGAGACAAACGAGUACGGAUCCUACAAAAUGAAUGAAGUCGAUUCAGCCGACUUGGAUAAUCCUGCGAGCUUGGACUGUGCCCAAUAAAAUUUUAUGUCUUCUUAAUUAGAUUCCAAACUUACUGAUACGAUUGCCGCUACAUAUGUAUAGAACAAGUGUUGAAAAUCAUGUCAAUUACUCUCUUCGACUCCUCUUCAUUAGAUUUAUUACAAAGUUGUCUAAAGCUGAGACAAGUGCUAGUGUUAACUUCUUACGUUCCAAUCCGAAAAAUAGUCUAGAAGCCGGGCGGAGGGUAUCGUGGCCGUUAGCGCCAAAAUAUUACACUCAAGUGGCUUUUACGUAUUUUCACCCGAUGAAAACGAAUUUCGAAAAUAGCUUAUCGACAACUAUACCGUCAAUUAGCUUUUAACAAAUCAAUUGUUUGAGUGAUAAUAAAAAAUGCAUUUAUGGCUUAAUCAAUAUUUAAAAAUAUACUACGUAUUUCUCAACUUGCAUUGAAGAAGUAGCAUUUUUCAAAUUUGUAAAAUAUUACGCAGAACCCGAUAUAUUGUAAAUUAUGUAAGAAAACGGCGCAAGCGGCGUGAGCGCAAAGGCGCGCGCCAAGCGCGCAAUGCUGCUGUCAAAUUCAAAUUAGAAUAUCUUGUAUUCUGUUGAAUAUCUAUUUGAAAUCUAAAAAAACUUACUAAUUUGUUAUGUUUGGCUGUCGACAAAAUAUUCAUAAAUUUAUCAAUAAACUAGUUAUUGUCAUUGAAACAUUUAAGUUGUUAACAACAAAUCAUCUGUCAAGUUUACAAUAAGCCAUCCCUGAAAUUUCUAUUCAGUGGGUCAAAAUACAUAAAAUCUAGUUGGUUAGAGCAUUUUAUCUCUAUUGGCCACGACCACGUUCUACACUAAAAAUCGUGCUCGCGUUAUUCCACUCAAAUGGCGCUUACAAUUCGAUAUUUUCACGUAACAUUAACUUCUCACUCCAGGAGGAACAGACGCCAUUAAAACCGAGAGUAUUUUUUCGAUCUUCACAAUUCACAAUUAAAAUGCUUAAUGGUCGACAAUUAAAUGCACAAUGAAAUCGUAUCUUAACGUGAGCGAGUGACGUUCAUUAUAAAACAAAAAAAAGACCUACAAUAGAAGCCGAAAUAGAGAAUACAGCAUAAUUACAAUUAACGAGCGAAUAAGAAAUAGAGUUUUAAGGCUCAUUUGCAAAUCGCUAGUUUUCGUUAAUUGCAAUCCGGGCACUCUAACGAGCGGAUAGAUAUCGCGGCUCGAUGCGCUAUACUGUCGCGAUUAACUGUGCCAAUCAUUAUCGCGGUCACUCGACACUACGUUGCUUCUGUUUAAUUGCAGAAGAAAAUUCCGCAUAUAUACGCGGCUCGUUAAAUUUGUAGCCGAUACGUACGCCAAUUCAAGUGUUUGCUUUAAUAACCGCUGUUGUGAAAAUCUCAUUCCGCGUUUUAUUGAUUUUCUUCUCUUCCUUCGACGGAAAUUGAUUUUAUCGCGCCAAGCCAAAAACGAGUAAAUAAUUAGCAAUGAGAUGAAAGUGAUUCCCGGGGAGGCGGUCAACGCACACGUACGGAUUUUCCUUCGGGCGCUGUCAAUGCCAGCUGAACGGAUGCCAAUAAUCAGGCGCUUAUCGACUUUCCGGAUCUUUCGCAACGACCACUUUCUCGUCUCUACCAGCAUCGCAUUUUUAUGCAUAAAAGCGUCCUUUGACAAACUAACCAAUUAUAUAUAGGUUUAUUCGCUUAGAUAACCACUUGCUCUGAUUUUAACGCCCAACGAGUUUUUAUAUUUUGGACGGCGACUUAUAUACGAUGAAGCUUUCUGCGUGCAAUUUAUCAAUACUGACACGGCUUUUGAAAUAAGUCGAUUAAAGAUCAAAUUUAAUGAAAAUUCGAAUUAAUUUUGGCUCUCUUGUACGUCAAAUCGAUUCGAUGAACAAUAGUGUGAAACACUCUUGAAGCGUCAACGUGCUCAUGUCGAGUUGAUAAGACAAUGUUAGCUACAUCGACGUUAUUGACUCGACGAAAUACAAGAUCUUUUACGUAGGUGUGUUCUAUAUGGAUGUAUGUAAGGUUAUAGACAGAAAUUAUACGAAGGUGUGUGCGUAUGUAUGAAUGUGUACGAGACUGAACUUUCUACCGUUUGCCUGGCACUUUACUGCGGUAGUUGCAAUUUAAAGUAGCACUCUAUACAAUUUUCCAAUCACCCAAUAAUUGCGGAGACGCAAGCUCGAAAGAAAGCCAAGAUAAAAAGCAAAAGAACCGUUUCAUAAUGGAGAAUAAUACAAUUUCAGUGUUCUUUAUCGGCGUCGCAUGCAUAAAACAUGCAACUACGACGACACACAACGGAGAUUUAGGAAGGGAGUCGUGAGAGAGACGCGAUGACAUUUAAAAGGAAAACACUCUAGACGAUUGUUCUGUUUCUAGGUGGGUUAUAUAGCUGAGAUGCGGUCGCAUUGUAAUACGUCGCAUUAAAUUUAUUGUUUUGUAUCGCGAGAGGCAGUUACGUAUAUGCCUUUAUAAGUACGCGUAUGUAAUAUGCGAUAUACCUAAUCAUUCCAGAGUUUGAGAAUUUUCACAUUACGUGUUUAUCUUUAAUAUAAACAAUUAGCUGUGGUUUUUACGACUUCACGUUACUUAGUUUUUUUCUCUUUUACACUCAAUUAGUCAUACAUCGCCUGACAACUUAGCUUGCGGAAAUUUAAUUGUUGCCAAGACUUUUUUUCGAUACUUAUUUUUUUUUUAUAGACGUUGAUCUC